UGCCGGUGAAUAGCUAGGAGAGCAGGAAGUCGACUUGCUGUCUCAACGCCGCCCAUCAUGAGAAACAGGGCUACGACGCCUUUGAAAGGCGGGGCGAAAAUCCGACAGUCAUGGAGCAAGUACAACUUGUAUAACCUCAACCGUUUUCGAAACCCACCAACCGCCAACAAGACUUUCUUCCAGCAAAAAUGGGCAGCCAAAUCAAUUGCUCGAUCAUACCACGGUGAACAGGUCCGGGAGAGCCAAUGGGAGCGCAUGUUCUCCCGUCGGUUGCGCAGUGUCGUGCCUAUGAACCCUUCUCAGUUGGCUCAGGACGAUGGCUCGCAGAUUUCUGCAGGCCGUGGAUCUGGCCUGGAAAAGCCUGGUCGCAGAUCUGCCUCGUCUGUUCCACGAACUCCCUUCACACAGAUGACUUUCGCUCCCUUGGAACGGCGGUUGGAUGUAGCAAUCUUCAGAGCUAUGUUCGCUAGCAGCACCAGACAGGCCCGCCAGUUUGUCGUCCAUGGAGCUGUCACAGUCAACGGGAAGAAGAUGAAAUUCCCCGGCUACCUAUUGAACCCCGGCGAUCUCUUCCAAGUCGACCCAGAAAGAGUCAUGUUUGCCACCGGUGCCCCGAAAGAUAAGCAUGAACGUCGCGAAGGACGUCUUGCGAAAAAGUCCGCUGCCGCUGCUCAAGAGGCCGAAGAAGCAAAUGCGGAAGAAGAGGCGGCUAAGGAAGCCAAGGAUGAGGAGAAGCCAGAGGAUGCCAAGGACGAGGAUCCUCGGGAGACGUUGAAGACGCUCCUUGCCCAGGCCAAGACAAUCAUGUCGAGCAGCAAGGAUGUUCUUCCGGCGAAGCGCAAGCAGGAGAUCCGAGGCUUCCAAAAGGCUGUCAAGAGAGUCCUCUCGCGAUCCCAGUCGAGCAGCGUGCUCACUGACAACCUGGAAGCUCAGUUCUCCGAGCUGACCUCUCUUCUCAGGGCGAAGAGAGCCGAAAAGGUCGAAGCGAAGGAGUCCAAGUCGGAAGGCGCUUCUGCCACCGAGUCUACGAAGUCAGCGAAUGCUGCUACGGCUGCAUCAGAUGCCAAACCCGGUGAACAGCUUACUGAGGCGUUCCGAAAGGCCGCGCUGGAUCCGGAGGGCCUGGAUGGGGAAUCCGCUUCAGAGCUCUCUGACGUCGAGUUUGACGUGUUGAAGCGCGCCCUUGAACAGCUUCGUGACAACCCUAUCGACAGCACCAAGCCCUACGCGACCCCGUGGCGCCCGCGUGACUACAUGAGUGCGUUUGCGUUCAUCCCGAAAUACCUUGAAGUGAACCAGAACAUCUGUGCUGCAGUGUAUCUAAGACACCCCGUUGCACGUCCCGGCUUUUCGGAGGUUCCUACACCAUUCGGAGAGGGUGUUGGUACCGCCGCAUUUGCCUGGUAUCUCAGGCGGCGGUAGAUGCCUCGGAGGGAGAUGUUCGUCGUUAUUAUACCUUUAUUCUCUGUUUUCAGGACGUCUGUAUUACUGGGUAGUUCUUUUUCCGCUUCUGCUCAUGGAUGUGGACGUCAGGCGAGCUGUCUUUGAGCCGCUAUUUCCGGAGUUGAUAUGAGCACAUCUGUACAACAUGACCAUGGCGACCGUGUAAAUGCAUCGAAUAAGGAACCAAUCUCUCAUCUGAUUCGUCUCUGACGAUAUUUUUGACACAACGUCUGUCUAUGCGUUAAGCAAUGGUAUCCCUUUCCGAGG